AUGGUUUCCUCCAUGCUGGGAUCUAUCGACAGUCCCGUGCCUUCGCCCCAAUCUCCACGUCCACAAACAAGCCACCCUACCUCUCAUAAUGCUCUAUCUGAGCUCCAGGAAACGGAAUGUGCUCCAGCCAGUGUUAACAAGACGGCCAGCAACGCACCACCCCAAGCCUCAGUUAUUGAUACGGUCUCAAACGUCCAACACCCCCUCGGCGCCUCAAUAUUUCAAGCAGCAACAAAAGCAUCGACCUCGAAACAUCCAAAUACAGCUAGUGACGAAGCUGCUCCCAGCCAUACAACCGAUCUUGCUGUUGAGUCUCUUGCUGAGAAAAGUCCCGUCAAUGCAACCGCUGAACCCGCUGGUGAGCAUCCUAACGAGCCAAUUGGGGAGCAUGUUCUGAGUCCUCUCGUCGGGCCUGUGACUGGAAAAACCCCCCGUAUCCACCCGUUACCAAACAAGCCCCCAAGCCCUAGCCACAGACAGAGCUAUCAUGGGGAUCUUCCGUCCCACAACCGGCCGGCGGGGCCUGUUCUGGAUCCCCUCGUCGGGCCCGCGACCGGACAUACUCCGUACGUACACCCCUUGCCGAAACGACCACCAAGCCCUGGAGACGGGCAUGGCUCUCAGCAGAAUGUUCAGUCGCACAACGAGCCGGCGGGGCACAGCCUGGGAGAAGACCCACAGGCAGCCGCACAAGUGAACAGCCCCCCAAAUCGCAAAAGAAGUCGCUCUUCAGCCACUGAAGAUCCAGUUGCUCUCCCACCGCCCAUAAAAAGGAGGAGAAAACGCAUCAGAAAAGACAAGACAGGCUGGAAAUUUAGUUGGGAGCUAGGUCACAGAUUCAUAGGAUCCGUGUUUCAUAUCAAUGGCUACGAGGCUUGGCACAUUGCGGACAAGAUUUUGCAACUUCCUAUUCCAGACCAAGUUCAAAGACGCUUGGUCUACUUCUUUGAUGCCUCCGUCCGCGUUUUGUGUGGUGCUGCUGGCGUUGUGUGGCCGAAAACCUUCAAUUCUCCGAAGUGGGAUGGAAAAGGGUUCUACUAUCCCCUGAGCGUGGAAGACAGCAGUGUCGUUGAAUUGUUUGCAAUUUCUUGCACACUAAAGGCAGCAAUUGAGGAUAUUGAGAAGGACCGAGCCCGUGUUGUUCGCAAGCUACCGUCAGACAAGGAAUUUUUUCAAGGAACCCCAGGACGGACCAUGUCACACAUUCAUACCAUGGCAAAAGAGCUGUUCAUCUUUACAGAUGACUGUAAUGCCCUUCGGCGAAUCGAUGGAGAUCUGGCGUACCCACCAAUUGGGGAUAUGGCGGACGAGAUUGCUGCGAUUUGUGCUCAUACCAAAGCCCUGAAUACCCUUGGGGUCCAUGUCGAGCUACACCUGAGCCCCGGACAUCGUAGGGUACCAGGAAAUGUAGCAGCCGACGCAAUGGCUAAGAGGACUCAGCGUCAGCUCUUUGUGCAAACAGCGAACGGUUGGCCCUCAACGACAUAG